UUAGAUUAGUGCGCCCGCGAGGACGCCGGUGCCUUAUUAAAUAACUCUUUGUCUCGCAUAGAGAAAUAUAAACAAAAUAUUAACACAAUGGCCCCUGGUGUCAUUCAAAACUCUGAAGCAAUUAUAAACGAUUCUUUAGGAGUUAUAACCACGGUACAUAAUAGAGAUCUCAUCAAUGAGCUGAUGAGACCUGCCAAAACAUGCCCGUUCGCUACAGCAGAUACGACUGUUUCGGGAAUUGAGACUCCUGUAUCAAAUGGGAAAGUUGAGGCUUCUAUGCCAGAUGAGCAAAUUGAGGCUCCUGUAUCAACUAGGAAAAUUGAGACUACUGUAUCAACUGGGAAAAUUGAGGCUUCUGUACCAAAUGAGCAAAUUGAGGUUCCUGUAUCAACUGGAAAAAUUGAGGCUCCUGUAUCAAAUGGGAAAACUGAGGAGCUUGUACCAAAUGGGAAAGAAACAGUUGUGCAGAAUGGGAAAGAGGUCCAACGAUGCGUUAAAGUGGAAGAAGUCAAGAGGCCGGUGCGUAAAGUCAUUAGACCGAAAGUGUUGAAGAAUCAUGAGUCAAGAGAGUAUCUGUACGAUCGCCUUUACGAUACUACGUGUCCGCGCGUGCCGACAUUAUGCAACGAGAGAGCGUGUCUUGGCAGCUUGAUGGCCAUCCCGGGCCGCGGUGACGUGCCAAGAGAGCAGGAGGAGGUGCUAAAUGAUGCCAAGGAUUUCCUCGGACAGUACUUCGCGUCUAUACGCAGGGCUAACACACCUGCCCACGAGGCGCGUUGGAAAGCAGUCCAGGAAGAAGUUGCAAAAACCGGGACAUAUCAGCUGACCACCACAGAACUGGUGUUCGGAGCGAAACUGGCCUGGAGGAAUGCUAGCAGAUGCAUCGGGAGGAUACAGUGGUCCAAACUACAGGUGUUCGAUUGUCGACAAGUGACGACCACGAGCGGCAUGUUCGAGGCGCUCUGCAACCACAUCAAGUACAGCACUAAUAAAGGGAAUAUCAGGUCUGCGAUAACUGUGUUUCCACAACGGACUGAUGGCAAGCACGACUACAGGAUAUGGAACAGCCAGCUCAUCAGCUACGCUGGCUUCAGGCAGCCUGAUGGUACAGUGUUGGGAGACCCGAUGCACUGCGAAUUUACAGAGCUAUGCCUUAAAUUGGGUUGGAAACCUGCUCGCACUGCUUGGGAUAUCUUGCCGCUCGUGCUGUCCGCUAACGGGAAGGAUCCGGACUACUUCGAGAUCCCGCGGGAAUUGGUGAUGGAGAUACAUAUGACGCACCCCACGCACGAGUGGUUUGAAGAACUGGAGCUGCGCUGGUACGCCCUGCCAGCCGUCUCCAACAUGCGCUUUGAUUGUGGCGGCAUUGAGUUUACAGCAAACGCCUUCAACGGCUGGUACAUGAGCACAGAGAUCGGCUGCAGGAACUUCUGUGACACCAACCGGUUGAAUAUGUUAGAGAAAGUGGCUCAGAAACUGGGCCUGGAUACCCGAACGCCCGUGAACCUGUGGAAGGACAAGGCGCUGGUGGAAGUCAACGUCGCGGUCCUACACAGCUUCCAGCAGCAAAACGCUACCAUCGUUGACCACCACACCGCUUCCGAGAGCUUCAUCAAGCAUUUGGACAACGAGAACCGGCUUCGGUCGGGAUGUCCAGCUGAUUGGAUAUGGAUCGUACCUCCGAUGUCAUCGUCCAUCACUCCAGUGUUCCACCAGGAAAUGGCGCUCUAUUACUUAAGGCCUUCGUAUGAAUAUCAGGAGCCCGCUUGGAAGACCCAUCAAUGGCAGAAAUCCAAACCAAUCACCGGCAAGAGGCCUAUAAAUAGGAAGUUCCAUUUCAAGCAGAUAGCCCGCGCCGUCAAAUUCACAUCGAAACUGUUCGGUCGAGCCCUUUCAAAGAGAAUCAAAGCUACUGUUCUGUAUGCAACCGAGACUGGCAAAUCUGAACAAUACGCCAAGGAGUUAGGAGUGAUAUUUGGACACGCCUUCAAUGCGCAGGUACAUUGCAUGGCGGAUUAUGACAUAACUUCGAUUGAACACGAAGCCCUUCUGCUCGUUGUCACGUCGACUUUCGGAAACGGGGAUCCUCCAGAGAACGGCGUUGAAUUUGGUGAACAUCUUUGCGAACUAUUGUAUGCUGAUCAAGUUGGUGAUGACGCCUCUGGAAAUCAAAUGUUGACGCCCAAGUCAUUCAUAAAAGCGAACAGCGAUUUACAACGUUAUGGCGCUGGGAAUACAAAAAAAUUGAGUCGUCUAGAAUCACUAAAAGGAAGUACAACCGAUGCCACAUCCAUCGAUAGUUUCGGCCCGCUGAGCAACGUUCGCUUUGCGGUUUUCGCACUUGGUUCUAGCGCGUAUCCAAACUUUUGUAACUUCGGUAAAUACGUGGACAAGUUGCUUGGCGACCUCGGAGGUGAACGAAUCCAUGACCUUGCCACCGGUGACGAAAUGUGCGGACAAGACCAGGCCUUCCGGAAAUGGGCCUCGAGCGUCUUCAACGUGUCUUGCGAAACCUUCUGUCUGGAUGAUGAUGAAACUCUCCAGGAAGCAAAGAGGGCUUUAGGUACAGUGGCGUUGAGUGAGGAGACAGUGAGGUUCGCCAGUGCGGGCUGUCGUCCCCCAACUCUCCAUGCUGCUUUGCAGAAAGCAUUGAACAGGCAGUUCGUCACUUGUAUAGUGAAAGCCAAUAAGGAUUUGGGAGACGCCUCAGCCGAAAGAUCCACCAUUUUCAUAGACAUGGAACCUAAGGAGGAGAUCAAAUACAAUCCAGGAGACCAUGUGGGGAUAAUAGCGUGCAAUCGCAAGGAACUUGUUGAUCGUCUAUUAUCCAGAAUGAAAGAUGUUGAUGAUUACGAUGAGCCUUUGCAACUGCAGCUUAUGAAAGAAACUCACACAUCAAGUGGUCCAGUAAAAUCUUGGGAGCCACAUGAAAGAUUGCCAAUUUUGAGUGUACGCGAACUUUUCACUCGUUUCUUGGAUAUCACUACACCACCAACCACGAUUCUGCUUCAGUAUUUAGCCACAACUUGUGACAAUGAAGAAGAGAAGAAACAACUUAAUUUAUUGGCUACUGACCCAGGAGCAUACGAAGAUUGGCGUCACUUCCACUUUCCAACAUUACCUGAAGUGCUAGAUCAGUUCCCGUCAACAAAACCCAGUGCUUCGUUACUAGCCGCGCUGCUGUCUCCAUUGCAGCCAAGAUUUUACUCGAUCUCAUCGUCACCAAUUGCUCACCCGAAAAGAUUACACCUUACAGUCGCCGUCGUUACGUACAAAACUCAAGAUGGGGAAGGACCUGUGCAUUAUGGUGUUUGCUCAAACUAUCUCAUGGAGCGUAAAGCUGGUGAUGAAGUUUAUCUUUUCAUUCGAAGUGCACCAAAUUUCCACCUUCCCCAAGACCUGUCCGUUCCGCUCAUACUGAUCGGUCCAGGAACAGGUAUAGCGCCUUUCCGCGGUUUCUGGCAUCACCGCAAGGCUCAACUCAAUUCACGCACGCGUCCAACCUCGGGACCUAUCUGGUUGUUCUUCGGAUGUCGAACAAGAACCAUGGAUUUGUAUCGAGAAGAAAAAGAGCAGGCUCUUAAAGAAGGCGUUCUUUCAAAAGUUUUCCUUGCUUUAUCGAGGGAGAAAAAUGUUCCAAAAAUGUACGUUCAAGAGCUAGCAGAGAAAGAAGGUGCAGAGAUUCACGAUUUGCUCAUAAAUAAAGGCGCUCAUUUCUACGUGUGCGGUGAUUGUAAGAUGGCUGAAGAUGUCCACCAGAAACUGAAAGGCAUAGUUAAGAAACACGGAAACAUGUCAGACGAACAAGUACAGAACUUCAUGUUUAUGCUUAAGGAGGAAAAUCGCUACCACGAGGACAUCUUCGGCAUCACACUCCGCACAGCCGAGGUCCACAGCGCCUCCCGGGAGUCUGCCCGUAGGAACCGCGUCGCUUCGCAGCCAUGACGCCGAUCC